AUGACAGACAUUCGAAAUGUGAGAGGCAGGCCAACAACCAAGGCCGACGGACCAGGCAGAGAUGAUAAUCAAUGCUUAUCAACCCGUCCAAGCCAGCAGACCCAGGAGCCCACCCACCACUCACACAGCGGGUGUCCACAAAUGGGUUCUAUAGUGCUGCACUAUGAAUUAAAAUCUGGCAAGAUAGAAGAGGUGUUUGGAUCUGCUUGCCAACAACUCCCUGAGUUUGUCUGUGAAAAGGGAUACAGGGUUACUUUGAAACUGGAGUUUAAUAAGGAUGACUUUGAUGAGAUGCAGCUGACCAUUGAACUGCUUGGCAGUGAGAUCUUCACCUACCGCACGUCCACCCAGAGUUGCGAGGUGUCCCUCUCCAGCACGAGCCCAGGGUCCGUCAUUAUCUACAUGCCACGCACAAAGAGGCUAGACACUGCGUGGAUAGACGAAUAUGGAGAGAAGGUUACCUGCUCCUACACUCCAGGCAUUGAGGAGUCCCAGUUGACCUGUGAGGUCUUCAUCAGCUGCAGCAAGGAAGACCUGCCUCUUGCCAAGAAACUGUCUGAGUACCUGCUUAGGCAAGGCUUCUCUACACUGAUAACCAAGGCAGCGUACACAUCUGAAGGACCAGCGUCCACAAGUGUCGGGUAUUCUGGGGCUCGAGUGGUCAUCUUGUGCUGGUCAGCAGCAUACUUGAUCGAUCCGUUUACCUGGAAUGAGGCCUUUGCUGCGUACAACAGCAAGAAGUCCCUGGUGCCAGUGCCCAUGGAGCGGUCAGUGCGGUCAGUAGGCCGCAGGGAGGCCUGGAUGGACCCACUUGUAGAUCAGCUCAAGUACAACUUUGACCCUGUCACUGAGGAAGACAAGUUGAUAGCGUUUUUACAGGAGAAGUUGACAGGCCUUGGUGUUCAGCCAGGCAAGAGAGGUCUAGCCAACAAUAGGGUCUCACUGCACAGUGCCCUGGAGGCCAAACUGCUGGCGGGGAAAGCCCAUGUGGAGAACACUCUCUUCCAGACUGGAGGAAUUAACUACUCGGGUGCUUCGUUCAUUACACUGCCGAGGCAGAUACAUGCCGACCUGCUGAAGUACCCAAGCUUACUGUCAGUGAAGGAGGAUCAAAGCUUCCGUCUGCUCUGUUACACCAGAAGUAAGAUCAGUGACGCCAUGUCAUUUGGCGGCGGCCAGGCGGUACCCGAGUCAUGGAGUGUCUACCGGAUGAUUCACCUCCUGGACAGCGCGGGAGUGCAUCUUGAUAGCAGCACGCUGACUGACCUGUACAGCAAGGCAGGACAACUCUUGUGGGCAUGGCUGAUGAUCUUUAGGAUGCUGCCACAGGUGGAGCUGCCAAAGAAUGUGGACAAGUUUCUUCCUGCAGACCUGAUACAUGCCAUGCAGCCUGCGCAGCUGGACGCUGGUCUGCGUGACUUACUGGAGGUUUUCUAUUGGCACCUGCUGACCUGCAUACGACCUCUCAAUCUCCUUGAUACCUUCAACGAUUCCACAGCACUUCUCAAGCAAGCUCAGGUCCUGCAAGCUGUCUCCAAGGAGAACCUGGCCCAGACUGGAUGCAUGCAGGUGGAGAGUAAACUGAACACAGAGAAUGUGCUCUUCAUUUGUGAGGGGCAUGAAGCAUCAGUGCGCAUGGAGGAGGGCCUUGUCACAAUCCUCCCAGAGGUAUACGGCAAGUACUCCAUGUUCCUGCUGUCAGUAGACGUUCCUGCCAACAAGAUGAAAGAGCUUCCAGAGGAACUGUUCACCGCCCUGCCAAACCUGGCUGAGUUUGACUGCUCCAAUAAUUUCCUGGAGGCCAUCCCAGGCUCCAUUGGGAAGUGCAGGAACUUGUACAGUCUCUCUUGUGCCAACAACAACCUCCGUGACCUGCCGGCCACUCUGACCCAAUGUAAAGGCCUGCAGAGACUGGACAUCUCCGAGAACCUCAUGGCGGCUAUUCCACCCGUAGUGCCAAAACUGACCAGUCUACAGCGCCUGUACGCCAACAGCAUGUUCCUCACUGCACUCCCAGAGAACAUCGGCAACCUGUAUAAUCUGGAGAAACUCUAUGCCAAUGGGAACUGCUUCACCAGCCUGCCUGAAAGCUUCUCACGGUUGCAGAGUCUUAAUGACCUUGGACUGUAUGGUGUGCCUUGGCUGCCCGCUCUCAAACCUGGCAAGGUGAUGUCAUACGAGCAGUUCCUGGCCAAACUCAAGAUGUGGAAGCUGGAUCGCUGGUUGGAGGCUCCAGAGCACAAAAGUACCAAGGAUAGUCUGUUCAAGUUCUUUGACCAGGACUCCAAUGGCGUACUGGAUGCUGAUGAGGUGGGCAAACUGAACGCAUAUCUCUUCAGUAUCUUCCCUCGCUUCGGUUACAAGGGCACUGAACCUCCAGAGGAUGACACGCCCAGUGGGUUCCCCAUGGAGAUUCUAGAGUGCCACAACCUGGAGUACAUCAACCUGUACUUCCAGGGCUUUGUGUCCGUCCCACCGGAGAUAGGCAACCUGCAGGAGUUGAAGAUGUUCAACGUGAGCCACAACCCCAAUCUGCUGACAAUCCCCGCAGAGGUCGGCACCAUCUCCUGCCUCACACGACUUGAGUUGGAGUCAUGUCCCCUUUUAAAGACGCCUCCAAAGGAGAUACGAGCAAAGGGUUUUACAACAACAUUUGCGUACCUAAGGCGUCUCAUGUCUGGUUCCCUGCCAUGCAAACGCACAAAACUGAUGUUGGUAGGACUGGGUGGAGCUGGUAAAACCAGUCUUGUGCAAGCCCUGUUGUCCAAGGACAAGAAGGCCAAUCUCACCCACGGGGAGGCCAUCACAGAUGGGAUUGACAUCUCUAACUGGACUGUGAGACAUAAUGACGAGUCGCUUACAUUCAGUGUGUGGGACUUUGCAGGACAGACUGUCUACUACAAUACACACCAGUUCUUCUUGUCCAACCGUGCCGUGUACCUGUUGCUAUGGAAUGUCCGUCUUGGAUACGAGCAUGCAGGCCUAGAUUUCUGGCUGAGCUCUAUCACUGUUCAGGCUCCAAAGGCACCAAUAUUUGUGGUUGGAUCACAUGUAGACCAGGUGAGCAAGUAUGAGAUCCCUAUGAAUGAGAUGAGGGCACGCUACAAACAGAUAGCAGGCUUCUACUUUGUCAGCUCCUAUACUGGACAGGGUAUAGAGGAGUUACAGAGAGAUCUGUUUGAGAAGACCCUGGAGCAGCAGUAUAUGGGAGAACAGAUCCCGGAGGUGUGGCUGCAGUUUGAGAACAACGUCAUUGCUGCACGGACGGACAGCAAUGUGAUUGAGUAUUCAGCCCUAGAGAAGAUGGCAAAUGCUUCCGGGGUCUUUGAUAAGACAGAGGUGUUCCAGGCAGUUCAGUUUCUCAAUGACCUGGGCAGUCUUCAGCACUUCACAACAGAGAGCCUGAAGUCCAAGGUCGUCAUCAACCCUCAGUGGAUUGUGGAUGUGAUGGCCUGUGUUGUGUCCGUAAAAAACUCACCCAUACAGGAUGGUGUGUUGAAGCACAGUGACAUUGGGGUUGUCUGGAAGGAUUACCCAGCAGAGCUGCAUGACUGGUUACUCAAACUCACCGAGGCUUAUGACCUCACAUUCCCCCUGGAUGACAAACCAGUCAACCUUGUGCCGUGUCUGAUGCCAGAGAAACAACCUGAUCUUCACUGGGAGGAUUUAGAUAAAGACUCGCCUAUCAAGGAGAACAAGAUGAUCUACAAGUUUGACUACCUGCCUGCAGGCCUCUUUAACAGAGGACAGGUACGUCUGCACCAGAUCUCGGACAGCGCCCUCAUCUGGAAAAGAGGCUCGUACCUCAAGAAGAACUCUCAUGUGGCCCUACUGCAGCAGACCAGAGAGUCUGAGCUGAUCCUGCGCGUGCAGGGACCGCGUCCAGAGAACAUCAUCUUCCUGGUGCAUGAGGUGUUUGAGGGGCUUAUAUCCGAGUCAUUCAGGGGCGUCACCUACGACUACCAGAUACCGUGUCCUGACUGCCUGAAAAUCGGAGCUAAGGAGCAGCACAUGUUUUCUGCCUCCACAAUUCGUCGAGCCAUCGCAUUGAAGUCCCCGUUCCUUCAGUGUGGCACCUACUUCCAUGUGACGUCAUGCGUAGACCUGCAAGCGUGCAUGCCCCCUGACAGCCACAGUGACUUUGACCUUCACCUUGUUCAGUCCAUCCGUAACCUGCGUGAUCUCCGCAAGGACCUGGCUGCAGAUAUUUUCAUGUCCUACUGUGCAAAGAAUGCCCCAAGUAAUCGUGCCUCGGUCAUUCACCCUGCUACAGUGCAUGAGGACCUUACAAAGGCAGGAUACAAAUGCUGGUUCCCGAAACCCAACGAAAAAUCCUCCACAGAGGAAAUGGCUCGAGCCAUCAGCGAUGCUGCAGUAUUUCUGGUGUUCAUGUCAGUGGACUACUCGAAGGACCAGGACUGUGUCACACUGUUCAAGUACGCCAAGCUAACGCUGCGUAAACCUCUAGUUGUGGUUGCUGUGGGCGAGAAUUUUGAAUGGCAGAAAGGGCCUUUGGGGAUGCUGCUUACCGACAUGGUGUUUGUGAACAUGAUCAACUCCAAGCGGGAGGUGUACAAGUCCAAGUUUGAGGAGCUGCUUGGGGCCAUCUCGUCUAAGACUAACAGACCCGUGGGCAAGGCUCCUAUCCCGUCUUGCUUCUUCAGCUACACCUGGGUCAACUCACAGGUCGCUGUCAACCUGGGCACUCGGGAGAUAAAGAGUGCCCUGGGCUAUGGGGACCCCCGAGAAAUCAAGAAAUACCUUGAGGGCCAAGGCAUCAAAUGCUGGAUCGAUGUGGAACGAGUGGGACAGAAUGGUCUGUUUGAUGACAUUGCUGAGGGCUUGCUGAACGCGAAGGUGGUGGUGGUGUGUGUGUCAGACGAGUACGCAGACUCCCCCACAUGCUGUACAGAGUUCCGCUACGCUGCCAACACCCUCAACCUUCCCAUCAUCCUCGCUGUGGUUGGCACGGGUUGCAGGUGGAGGUCUACUGAGGUUGGAGUGCUCUCCCUUAAAUACCCACUGGUGAGUUUCCAGGAGAAGAGUGAGAUGGCGUACACGAAGCUGGUGGAACUUGUUUCGGCCGAGCUCAAUCACGAACCUGUCACCAAGCAACAGAAGAACAAACAGAACGAGGAGACAAAAAACCUCUCUUUCUCUGAGCUGUUUGAGUUGGCCCAGAGAAAGUUGCUUCGUCAGCUGGCAUUCUAUGCCGAGCACCAAGAGAUUGGUACAUACCCGAGGCUGUUUGUUAUCGACUUCAUGAAGUCAAAACAAGGCGUGAACCCAGAUGAGAAGACGGAUGAACAAGAGAGUGAAAAGGAUGGUGAGUCAUCAGCCGAUCAACUCUCUACGCCUAGAAGGACUCUCUCCAAGAAAGUGUCUGACCUGAAGGCAGCCUUCAGAGUGCAGAGAUACUGUGUACUCACACUCUGUGAACAUGAUGAGGGUUGGCAUGUGGCUGCAGACCCAUUGCCAUUGCCUUCAGAUUUUGGUGAAAAUCUGCUGGAUAAGUUCUGUCCCUUUGUGUCUCGUAUGAUGGCAGUGAUGAAGUUUAACAAGAAAUUGCCACUUAACUGCGUUCAACAUGAGAUGGGGGAAGAUUACAUGACAUGGCUAGAAGAGAAUCCAUCAGCUUCAGCAUCAGACUAUCAGCAGAUCUAUCAUGAAUUCAGAGAGAUGGUUAUCACUUCGGAUUCCCAAAAGUCUAUGGGAAAACUAUCCCGAUGCCGCAUGGCCAAUGGAAAGGUAAUCUGGUUGUGUGAGAAACACCAGAGUUCCAUGAAAGUAACAGUACUGAGCUCUGAGGAGGCUGAGACUGCUAGCUCAGAGAAGGUGGGAAACGAUGACAUGACCAUGAUCAACGGGCUUCGUGCAGGCUUCUCGAACACCAACCUGCCUGGAACCACAGGCUUUGCCUCCGAUAUGGCCAAAAGAGACCCUGAAAAAUUGCUGGACAAAAAGUACCAAUCAAACAUCACACGAAUUCAACCAAGUGAUAUAAAACCUGAAACAAGUAGUAAGGACGAGGCUUUUGGCAAAGAAAAGGUUAUGAAAAGCAAAGGAAAGAUGAUCAGAUCAGCUAAGAAAGAAACAGAAAAGGAAUCAGGUCUGCAGCUGAUCCUUCCAUCAGAAAUGGCAAUUGAAAGCAACCAAAGGAAAAAAGAAAGCAAAGAUGCUCACGCAGAAGACGUUCAGAAUGCCUUGGAAACGAAAAUGGAAAUCGCUCAAGAUGUUGGAAAGGUGGGGAAUACAGGUCUCAGCCAAGCUCCAGUACCAGCAAAGGUCAAUGAUCCCAGCCAGGGCCAGUCCGAGCUGGGUACCAGGAGUAACAGCCAGGGCCAGUCCGAGCUGGGCACCAGAAGUAAGACCUUCUUUGGAAAGGAAUCUAAGAAAGAGGUAGAACAAAGCAAGGCUUCGUCAACACAGAUCAGGCCAAGGCUUGAGAGGUCCAUGACACAGGGUUCAAAAGAGAAACUAAAAAGCAAGGCCUGUAUUGUGAUGUAAUAGGUCCUAUUAAGAUUAAGAAAAGGUUGACAGUGAGUGUCACUGAGAGGAAGAUGUCUGAUGUUGCUGCAAAUAAUUCAGUUAUCAUUCCCAAGAAAUAAUGACUCAAUCUCAUUGCAUGAGAUAAUCAAUAUAUUACUUAUUACAAUGACAAUCUUAGUUAAUAUUAUAUUUAUAUGUCAAUCUUGGAGGACAAUACUUCAUUUUUUUUCCCAGGAAAUACUAUCCUCCAAUCCAAUCUCUUCUCGAAGGUAGACAAAAUGCAUUAUAAGCCUCCUGAAAAGCAACUUGUUUUAUUUUUUUGAAACAAAGUCCCUCUUUUAAAUAACAUGCUUGUCUUACUUGGAAAAAAAUGUCCACCUUUUAAUAUGUUUAAAGAAACAGUCUCAGAUGCAAAACACUAUAAUGUCCUAGUCAUAAAUUAUUAACAGCUCUGUUUUUAUGUGACCAAACAAGGAAAUAAAACAAGGUUAAGUACAAUUAUAAGCUUUAGCACACAUACAGCAUUUGUGAACUUAUGGCAUUGUUUUGCAUAUACCACACUGAAGCAAUAUCAUAUGGGUUAUUUUAAACUAGCCCAUAAUUCUAUAAAUCUAAGUGUUUGUUUUUAGCUCACCUGAGUACAUUAGCGUAAAAUACUACCCAUACAGUUUCAAUUGAAUUCACAAAUUGGUCAGACCAGCAUCUUGAUUGUAAUUGUCAAUUGACAAUAAAAAGAAUUAGAUUAUGUUCUGGUGUGGGGCAGUGCUGUGGGUAAUGUUAUUCAACUGACCCAACUGGUCAUUGUCAUUUCUUGUAAUCAGGUGAUCACUUUGGGCCAUCAUGACUUCCUUCAUUAUUUAUUUCUCAACACGGUUGUCAUGUAAGAUAUAUAUAUAUAUAUAUAUAUAUAAUAUAAGGUAAUAUGAUGUCAACAUUAUUGAAAGUUAUAUAACUUGAACAUGUGCUCCCUGCAUUAGAAAUAUCUUUAGUACAAUUUGACCCCCAUCAUUCGAAAAUAGGUCUCAUGCAAUACGCGCCCAGUAUAGCUCAAUACCAGCCUGCACAUCCUGACAGUCUGGUCAUGAGCUACCAUGUCCGCUUAUAAGAGCACAGUACAUAUACCUUGUGUUACUUUAUAGCAGAAAGCGCAGCACCUAACCAGACUGCACAAUUCCACAGGCUGAUCUUGAGCCAUGCUAGAUGCAUUAGGCAUAAGGCCCUUUUUCGCAUGACGCGACUCGUAUGCUGAAAGCAUUGUUUGAUUGGUAGUUUCUUUUAUGUUUGAAAAAGGCAUUUUCUAUGUAAAAGGUAAUUUAUAUGAAUACUAUGAGAAUAAUCAGUUUUUGACAUUUCAAUUUUGUUCAUUAUUGGUUAAAGAAAUAAGCAUAUUGAUUGUCCUGCUAUUGUUUCUUAUCUGUGAUAAACACUCAGAAUUACGGUGUGUUAUAUAUGAUUUAUUAAUUGUUAUUAUAUAUUUUACCUCUACACUGAUCAGAUUUUCUUGAGAUUUUUAUAUACAUGUAGUUAUCAUUAUAACUGUGAUUUUAGUUUCAUCUAAUGAUCUACUUUUGUAAACCAUUUUUCAUCCAACGUAUACAUGCUUUAUAAUCAUGACAUAAACUAGAUGUU